UGUAACUCACCACUGAUGAGCGUUAAGCGAAUUUAAAGAGAUCUAAAAAUGACAUGAUGACAUCAAAAUACUUAUGAGUUUGUUUUGGAUUACAUUUCUGAUCAACUCUGGAUGAGAAUACUCAGCAGACAGGCCAUAGUGGAAUACUAACAUCAAGAAAAAAGUGGAAAUGGAAAUACAUGGAAAUACUUAAGUUAAGUACGAGUACCUCACACUUUCACUUACACAGUACUUGAGUUAAUGUACAUAGUUGCUUUCCACCACUUUUUGAAGGGACUUGUGUCCACAAGGUGGACCGGGUGAUAAGUGACAGUCCCUGAAUAACGUGGCUUUAAUGGAUAAAUUAAGUGACCAAUCCGGUCAUCUAGAAAUUGAGUUCAUGUACUGAUAACUUCACUGAUAACUUUAAAAUAAUGUUUUUGUUUUUUUUAGCAAUAUGAUGAGAAAACCUAUAUUAACAUGUGCAGAAACUCACACAAUGUUGCUUUGAAUUCUAUCGGUAAAAUGUUCAUUGUGAUUGUUAUUAUCUUCUGCAGCAGCCCAGUUCACUGACAGGAAUCAAUAAAAGUUUUAUGUUGUUUAUUUUUCAGAGUUUUCUUGUCAGCUUUGACAACAACUGCGCAUUCUAUAAUAACUUUGUGUCCUGAGGAGCGAGUUUAUGAUGAGAGUUCUUCCACAAUGAGAGACCGCUUGGAAGAGCUGCAUCUGAGGGCUCAAUACUUUUCUGAGGCAGAUAGUGAGACUAUCAACCCUUCCUCAGUGGGGGGAGAUAAUGAUGACUCUGUGGCGGCCAUAACACCACAGGCUGUGGUGUUUGAGGAAGAGCCAAUUAUUGAGAAUUUCCUGUCUGAGGCUCAGCAAAUCAGAGAUGAUAUCACCGUGCUCGACACAGAGGUCCUUAAAUUUGGCCAGCAGCAAAAGACGUUGGUGGCUGCCAUGCGUCGUUUCAGUGUGAUGAAGAAAGAGAACAGUAUAACCCGGGACAUCAAGCUCAAGGCUGAGAGCCUCCAUCGACGCUUAGACGCGCUUUCAAAACAGGUCCAAAAAACUGAGGACCAGCAGGGACCUACGUCUGUUACAACGAGAAUACAACGCUGCCAGCAUGCAGCGCUUUACAGCAAAUUCCAACAGGUAAUGCUGCAAUAUAAUGAAGGUCUGCUGACCAAGCAGGAGCGCUGUAAGCACUUCAUCAUCCGGCAGCUGGAGGUGUCUGGAAGGGAUAUGACGGAGGAUGAGGUCAAUGAGAUGGUGGCCUCUGGAAAAUGGGAAGUCUUCAAUGAGAACCUGCUGAAUGAUGCCAGAAUGACACGGUCACAACUAACUGAGAUUGAACAACGACACAAGGAGCUGUUGAGUCUGGAGACCAAUAUGAUGGAGCUGAGGGACCUGUUCAUGGACAUUUUCAUGUUGGUGGAUGAACAAGGGGCCUACAUUGAGCACAUCCAGACCAAUGUAGAAAGGACACAGGAUUAUGUGGCUGUAUCUAAUGAGAAGUUCAAGAUGGCCGCCAGAUACAAGAAGAAGAACCCACUUCGACAACUGUGCUGCUGCUGCUGCCCACCCUGGAGAUGUUGCCUAUAAUGGUCAUUUCGAAAAAAACAUUUAUUUUUUCAAAAACUCUCACUUAGCUUUUGGGAGUAAGCAACGUUGGAUUGAAGCACCAAUAAAGUGAAGGUUAUGGCACUGUGUUUUUUUGCUGUUGAACAGAGCGAAGGUGAAGACAGAUUCAGCAGAGCAUAGAAAACAAUUAGGGGGGAAAAGCCAGAAUUGUUAUUUGAGGCACUUGUUUUUUCCAAAAUGUCAGUCGACUGCUGUUGUAAGAGACAGUUCAGUGAGUGCUACUCACCAAACUGCUGCUUAUUGGAGACCUUCACUGUCAUCUGACAGAGGUCACAAACAAGGGGAAACCACUGCCUCGGCCACUGCUCGAUCAGCAACACGGAUUUACUUUUUUUCUUCCACGGAGCUCUAGUUAAUGACAUUUUUUUGAAUUACAGUACCUGCACUUUAAGACUAAUCUCUAUAUAUGAAUAUCUAUUCUUUUCAGCACAAACUAAAAUUUAAGGUAGUGGAGAAAGAUUUUCUUUCUGAGAGAUUUUGAGCCAUUAUGUAUUAAUUUCAUUCUCGGUAUGCAUGCUGAUGACAUUUUUUUUUUUUUUUUUACAAUUAUAGUCUCAUUUGCAUUUCAAAGUAUGAUCAUUUUCUGUAAAAAAAAAAAAUAUGAAUCCUCUUCGGUUUCACAGAGUCAGGGACUCAAAUAAAACUUUAAAUAAUGCGCCUUCAUCACAAUUUUCUUCAUGGUGACAAAACUGCCAGAAAUCACUGAAGUCAUUUGAAGGCUACAUUUCAGGAAAUAUUUAAUUUCUCUGGAUGUUUUGUAUUUUAGAGAACUUCAAUUUAUGAAUUUGUUGGAAACGUGUCAUUGUUCAGAUAAAAAAAUGCUGGCAUACAUCAUUAUUAAUAAAAUUAUUAUUUCCCACAAAAAGAGAGCAGUGACUCUUAAUGGAGUGGAAGCUCCCGCUUGAGAGAGAACCAGCAGUAUAACUGGGAAUAUGCUGCACAUCUGUAAUAAGGUAAUCUUCAUGUUGAGUAGAAAAUAUCAACAAAUGUUCCCUAUGGGGAAAGUGACUAAGAUAUGAUAAAUUAGUAAUUCAUUUCAGGUUCAGUUCAUACUGUAGUUUAACUAGCCUCUCAUCAGCAGUGACAAUGAUGUUCUUUAGUGAGUCAGGGACCCAUGGUGUCUGGUGUCCGGGACAAAAUACAGGUGAACUGGGUGUGCCAGAGCCAGACUGGAAAAUCUGGUUUGUCUGCUGCUUCCAAACAGAUACUGUAUGUUCCCAUAGGUGAGUAAAUAGAACCGUUAACUUGUUAGAUAAACAUUAUAAGCACAUGCACAUUUUUACUUUGGUUUGAGCUUAAGAGUAAAACUGACAGACAACCAUAAGUUCCAAAAAUUGACGUUUUGUAAGUCAAUUUAGUUGCCCCUCAGGGGAUUGAUGACUCAUGUGACACCUAAAGAAAGACCAUCUAUCAAUGAGAUACUUCAUUUCGGUUAAGUAGUAUUUACACUGCUCCCUCAGUUCCAGGAGCGGAACCAGGUGUGGCAUGUUUGAGCUGGUGUGUUUAAUGACUUCCUCUAUCAGACUGGAAAAGUCUCCUCUUGAAUCUGAUCUUCUGUGUUCAGUCUCUGAAUGGCAUUUUAAAACAAAUACAUAAAUGCAUCUGAUAUGUAAAUCCAAAUAUGUUAUUCAUCUAACAAUACAUUGUAAUGCUGCACAGCAUAUUUCUGCCU